UUUUUUUUUUUUUUUUUUUUGCUGAGAGCAUUUACCAACUUACUUUAAUAUUUUUAUCUUUCUUUUUUCUUAUAUAAAAAAAAGGAAAUACAUAUAUACAAAAUGGCAUUUCGAGCAGCUACUCAACGUGCAUUGAAUACACGAGCCAUGAUUCAAUUAACUCGUCAACCUAUCACUUUAACAGCCGUUCGUCCUCAAUCAACAAUAAAUACUGGAGAAAUUCUUGAAGAUCCUCAAAUUGGCGAUUAUCCCAACUUGCCUCGUAAAUCUGCUCAAGCAAGAGGUCCUUAUGGUUGGUGGGAUCCACAAGACAAACGUAAUUUCGGCGAAACUGUUCAUGAAGAAGAUGAAUUGUUUGGUGUUUGGGCACCUGAUCUUCAUCAUUAUAGCCCUUAUAAAGCAGCUGCACAAUUAGCAUUAGCUGCCUCUAUUUUUGUCGGUUUUACUGGUUUAAUUUAUAUGACUUAUCCUGAAAAACCUGCAGUUCCACGUACUUAUCCUUAUAAUGGAUUAGCAGAAGAAUUUGGUGCUCGUGAAGGAGAUAUUCGUCCUCGUGGAGCUCGUGUAGGAAAAGACGAUCAUGAAGAGUAAUCAGAUUUUUUUUUCGAUAUUUUAUAAUAAAAUUGUGUUUUCGUAUAAUAAAGAUGA